AUGCCGCCACCGCAGCUUAGGGGUUUUGGCGGGGGGCCUGCUGUGGCAGCACCAUACCACCAGGGUGGCUUCCCCUCCCAUGCCCAACAACAGGGUGGACAUUUAGGCGGGAACCAGUACCUGAACGCCAACACACAACUGGGACCCUUCUCUGCUGCCAAUAGCAAUGCUUUUACGACAGCCGGCCUCAAUGGCCAGGGGUUCGCGGAUACGGGGUUUGGUAGUCAAAGCGCAAGAAUGGGUUUCCAUGGCCCUACAGCCGGUCUACAACAACCACAGCACGGGCAGGUUCACCAGAACAUGUUGAUGGAACACCCAGGGAUCAGGGCACAUCCCAACAAGGGCAGGAUACGGGAAGUAUGGAAGCACAAUUUGCACGAAGAAAUGGCAGUAUUGCGAGACUUGGUGGACAAGUAUCCUUACAUUGCGAUGGAUACCGAAUUUCCAGGUGUCGUUUCAAGGCCCAUGGGAGGAUUCAGAGGGAAGAGCGAUUAUCACUAUCAAUGCCUACGAACCAACGUCGAUAUGCUGAGGGUCAUACAAAUAGGGCUCACCUUCUUUAACGAAGACGGCGAGACCCCCCCUCCACGGCCCACGAGCGAUCUGAAGCUUGGCACAGCCGCUCAAAGGGCAGCGACUAAUGCUCCUUUCCCUUGUUCGUGGCAAUUUAACUUUAAGUUCUCAUUAAAGGACGACAUGUACAACGAGAAAUCGAUCGAGUCACUUCAGCAAGCCGGGAUCGACUUCAAUGCUCUCGAACGUGAUGGUAUUGAUCCUCACGAGUUUGCCUCCCUUCUGAUCCCUUCAGGUCUUGUCUGCUUCGACAACGUCAAGUGGAUAUCAUUCCAUGGCGGUUACGAUUUCGGCUACCUGACAAAGCUGCUUAUCUGCUUACCAUUGCCCAACGACGAAGUCGACUUUGACCACAAGAUGAAGCUCUAUUUCCCCACGACGUACGAUGUGAAGCACCUCAUGAAGCACGCCAUCAGGUUACACAACUCCGGCCUUCUUACACCCAGCGAUCCCAGUAGUACUGAGAUCCUGCAAAAGUUUGAACAUAAAUCAGGACUUGAGAACAUUGCCGAAACCCUCAAGAUUAAGCGUGUUGGCUCUGCCCACCAAGCAGGCUCUGACUCGUUACUCACCGGAAAGGUCUUCUUCUCUAUGCGCGAUAAGAUAUUUGCCGGUGAUAUCCCCGAUGAGCAUGUUGGCAAGGUCUGGGGCCUGGGUUUCCCUGACUCAAAUGCGAGCCUUGUCAUGUCGAUGAUGAACCAGCAAAGCGGAAACGAUGGGCAAACAAAUGGCAACGGACCUAGCACUCCUAACACGACAAAUGCUGCGUUAGCCACCACCCCAGGACCACAAGGGCAGAACGGCAUCAUCAACACUGGGCCUAUGACUCCUGGUGGAGGAGGAGGUGUGUUUGGUAACUUCGCUUUCGGCGGAAACCGGUAA